AUGGAGCUCUUCAAAUCCAACAUUGCUGCAAAUCCCAACAAAAUCAUUACAAAAGAGAUGCCCCUAAUGAAUCGCUGGCGGGCGGUGGUGACGGUGGCGGUGGUGGGGCUGCUCCGGCACCCGGCUGCCCACGUGGCCAAGUGUGCAGCAGAGGCUCUGAAGCUGAAGUUUCCGAGCAAGUUUGCAGAUCCUGUAAUACAGCCUUUAGUAGAAUUUGCAUGGCAUGAAUAUUUACAGGAGAAAAAGAAGGAACUGAGAGGUGAGGUGUGGGCAUAUGCCUCCUCGGUGAUGUGCUUCGUUGGUGGCCAGCUGCUGGGGGACGAGAAGGAGCUGCUCAAGUGGUCUUACCAUGAGUGGGACUAUCGCGACUUUAAGCCCGAGGCACUUUACCAAGCGAUUGCUGAGGAUUUCUACACCAAAUAUCUGAAAAACAGCCAGCACGUGUUUGUGUACCUGGAGAUAGCCAUUGAGGAACAGCCCGUCGGGAGGCUGCUCUUUGAGCUCUUUUCGGAUGCGUGUCCCAGGACCUGUGAGAAUUUCCGCGCCCUGUGCGCCGGAGGAGCAACGUCUCCCCGCGACGGCCGAGAGCUCACCUACAAAAACUCCCUUUUCCAUCGCCUUGUGAAAAACGGGUGGAUCCAAGGAGGAGACAUCAUAACUGGAAAGGGAGACGGAGGAGAGUCAAUUUAUGGUCCCACCUUUGAAGAUGAAAGCUUCUCCGUCCGUCACAAGGGAAGAGGGGUCCUCGGGAUGGCCAACAAGGGCCGCCACAGCAACGGCUCGCAGUUCUACAUCACCCUCCAGCCAGCUCCCUACCUGGACAAAAAAUACGUGGCUUUCGGGCAACUGAUCGAGGGCACGGAGGUCCUCCAGAGACUGGAAGCCGUACCUACGUAUAACGAAAGGCCUACGGUAGACUGCAAGAUUAUUAACUGCGGGACUUUUGAGCCGUGA